AUGACAACGCCCGCCGGAGGCAGGACUGCUCAGGUUCAAGAUCGCCCGCAACGGUGGCGGUGGCUGCGAACGCUGCCGGGCCACUGGCAAGGCCGUCGGGACGCAACACACUUCCAGGGCUUCCCCGGCGUGGCCGCGAGCGACUCGCGCAAGGCGGGCGGCCGUCGGGGGCCCGCUGCCUUCAAGGAGGCCAUAUCGAGGCGCCUCUCCCGGGGCUCCGUCCACGAUGCGUCAGACUACUGCCUCACCGCUAAGCUGAUAGAGGAGCUGAAUGUGGGCGUGGCUUUGUUCCGGGAUGUCUUGCUGAGCGUGAGCAGCGCCCAGGACGGGCCCGAGCUGCGCCAGCGGAUACGCACCCUGCGCCAGCGCUGCGUCCAGGCCUGCGUCGACGCGGCACACCUGCUGCUGCCGCACAUUCGCAGCGCCGUGUCGGACGGUAUUCCGGUGGACUCGCAGCAGCUGGUGAACCUGGUGUGCUGCACACAGAUGCUCCUGCGAGAGCUGACCAAGUGCCGGGCGCUGCUCGUCGCCCACAAGAUGGACAUGCGAGACUUCUCCGAGCCUGUGGGACCGCCUGGAGGUGUAGCGGUGCUCGACAAACUGGUUCUAUGGAGGCCUCCGCCCAAAGACUACCACCUCGAAGAACUGCGUUCCAUUGACAGGGACGCGGAGACCGUCCGGUCAGUGCUGGCCGAGAUGCAGGAGUUCAUGCCUCACGAAAGUAACUGCAAGAACCUCAUUGAGGAAGGGCUCUUCAAGUGGCGCCGGAAGGGAGGCCUCUACGGGCAGCUGGGACACCACCUCUGCUGCCUGUGCCGCUCGCACAUCAGCUAGCCUCGCUGACACUGCGCGAGGCACGAACCACUUCUUUGUCUCUAACUCUUUUCCUCUCUCGAAAAAAACCCAUAAAACUGCGUGCUUCGCAAAGCU